UAAAUCUUUAACAGUGCGGACGCGACUAUAUUAAGCAGGACCAGUUUACAAAAAAGCUGUGUUGUGUUCUCCUGGACUUAAAAUGAAACCAUUUUUGUGGAUUGUACCAUUGCUUGCUUUAGCUUCCGGCCAUCCUUAUGGCCAUGGGCAUGAGGUGUGUCCCGAGCCAUGUCAAAAAGAAGUUACAAUACCAUCCGAAUGCAGGAAAAAGGAAUUUAUCAUAGGCUUCGACGGCAAGACAAGAUGCCCUGCAUGUGAUAGCAACCUUUGUGGUCCACCUAUUGUUGUAUGUCCACAACUUACUUGCCCAAACGAUGCAAACAUAACGGUAGAAUGCCGUCGGCCAAAUUUCGUCAUAGGUUCGGACAAGAUCACAAGAUGCCGUGUGUGUGACAGCAGCGUUUGUGGUGACCCGAAAGACGUCUGCCCACAGAUUAAAUGCCCGACUAAGCCCCCAAUUGCCAAAAAAUGUCGAGAAAAACAGUUUUUGAUUGGAAGCGAUGGGAUCACAAUGUGUCCCUCCUGUGACAAAAAUGGCUGCACCGCAAAGACGACGGAACAUUGAUUUCAAUAAAACAUACUUAUUAUGUCCAUAAAAUGUACAUGUUGUGCAAACAUAAUACCGAUUCUUUUGUUGCUUAUUUCAUAUAUGAGCCGCGCCAUGGGAAAACCAACAUAGUGCGUUUGCAGCCAGUAUGGAUCCAGACCAGCCUACAGUUUCCCUAAUUGCAAUAGGCUUUGAAAGCGAACAGCAUUGAUCCUGACCAGACAGCACGUAUGCGAAGACUGGUCUGGAUCCAUAUGCUGGUCGCAAACGCACUAUGUUGGUUUUCUAAUGGCACGGCUCUCAUAGAUUAUGAUGAACUUAAUUCUGAUAACGAAACUGUAGCAUUUGGUAGGUCGAAAUAGUUCAGUAUCUAUUUAUUGAAACAUUGUCAAAUUUGUUGAUUUAGCCGAAAAGUUCACUUUUUGAUGAAACCCUUUUUAUCAUUUUGGUAUACAUAUUCGUAAUUCAGCCUUGCGUCCAUGCGGAAACCAAUAACAAAUGCAUUAAAAACAAUGACGAUAACUUUCAUAAUUCUGAGCGAAACAGAUAAGUGUACGCAUUCAUUUUAUUAGGUAGAUGGUAGACCAUUGUCAUGAUUUCAAUUCAGAAGACAAGAAAACUGUUUUCGAAAUCUGUUAUGCGGAGAGAAAAUCACAAAAAUCAAAAUAUUGCUAGUGAAGCAUGCUUACAUGAAAUUCAAAGGGAUUUAUUCAAUGUGUAGGUUGUUCAGCAGAUUUAUUUUGUGCAUGAACAUGACAAAAAUAAUUUUAGUUCUACAUUGGGGAAUGAUUAUUUGUUUUUCGUUCAUUGAAAUUAGGCACGACAACCUCGAAAGCGUUUUCAAAAUAAGAUCAUUGCUUCUUUUCUAUCUUUUUGUUCGUGGUUAUAAUUUAUGAUAUGUUAAAGAUGCUAAUACAUGUACAUGUAUAAACCGCAAUAAACAAAUUGUACGAAACCGAUACCUACAGUUUUUUCUUAUUUAUUGUAAUGAUAAAUGAGCCGCACCAUGAGAAAACUAACAUAGUGUAUUUGCGACCAGCAUGGAUCCAGACCAGCCUGCUCAUCUAUGUUGUUCAGGAUCCACGCUGUUCGCUAACGGUUUCUCUAAUUGUAAUACUAGGCUUUGAAAGCGAACAGGAUGGAUCCUGAACAGACUGCGCGGAUUCGCAGGCUGGUCUGGAUCCAUGCUGGUCGCAAAUGCACUAUGUUGGUUUUUCAUGGUGUGGCUCAAGUAGUGUUUUGAUGCAAGUUAGAUUUAUUCGUAGAUUUAUUAAAAAUAUUGUUUACGUUUUCAUUGUUUUCACAAGCUUCAUUGUUAGAUGCAGUGCGUGAUGUGACCUUACGUCAAACUUUCAUAUUAAUUUUGAAGACAAAAAAAUUAUAUCCACACAACACCUAUGCUAACAUGAAGAAACCAUAUAAAGCUGAGAAUGAUGAUGAAUGUAGGAAAUAAUUUCUCCUAUUCACCAUCGUAGUUUUAUUGUUUCGACUUUUCACCAUUGCAUCAUCGCGGCUUCGACUUUUCCUCAUCGUUAUAUUUCAACAUCGCAGUAUAAGUAAUGUUGUUUCGUUGCUGCGAGCGAAAUACUUAUCUUUCAAGGGAAAGAAAUGCCUUGUAACAAAAGAACAUUACUGCUAAGGUUAGUUCCCUUUUCAAUGAAUAUGACGUAUAGGCAUGUCCUUUUAGAUUAUUUAGUCCAUUCAAACAUACGUAAAAAGAAAUUCCUCUCCCUGUACGCUAGGGGCGUGGCGGGCGUUGCAUUUUUAAUUACUGUCAUGAAAAGAUUCAAUCAAACGGCUUGCUAUUAUGUUUCUUUGCUGCAUUCUUUGUUUCAAAGGACUUUCUUACGAAUUUAAUUAACUGCUAUACGUCGGCCGUAAAAUGUCACUUCUUACUUAACGUCAGUAUUACUGUAUUUUCUGCUCAUGGUGAGAGAUUUUGCACUCAACCCAAGUCUAAUAUCAUCUUUCGUGGUUGCUCUCAAACAUACCCUGUGUUUUGCCUCGCGAAUCAAAUCUUCUGCACGAUGAUGUGUCCACAACUGCCGGUUUUAUUCAUAUUGAUGGAUGUUUUGAAACAUCAUAACUUGAUUCAGUCUUUUAUGAUCGAUAGUUCUCUUCUCUGGUUUUGUUUUCACUUUUUUUUAUUAUGUUCUGUUCCAUUACAAAGUGCUGAUACUGAUAGUAAUUAAUCACGUAAACUAAACAAAUAUUCAUUUGCUGUAAAACCAGCUACGGAAUAGAAAUUGAUUACUUCAUUUGAGCCGCGCCAUGUGAAAACCAACAUAGUGGCUUUGCGACCAGCGUGGAUCCAGACCAGCCUGCGCAUCCGCGCAGUCUGGUCAGGAUCCAUGCUGUUCGCUUUCAAAGCCUAUUGCAAUUAGAGAAACCGUUAGCGAACAGCAUGUAUCCUGACCAGACUGCGCGGAUGCGCAGGCUGGUCUGGAUCCAUGCUGGUCGCAAACCCACUAUGUUGGUUUUUCCAUGGCACGGCUCAUUUAUGCGAACUUGCUCUUAAUUAGAGAGCGUACUCGUCGAGGAUCGUAUUUCAACAAAAUCGUUUCUUUUAAUUUGAACUCUAAAGUGAAUGUAUUAGUAUUAGGUUUCCUAACUUAAAAGUUAACAUUGAAGUUGUAGGCUUUUAUGAAUGAAAAAAAAAUAUCAACUUUUAUUGCUAAAAUUGACAUGAAGAAAACAUACGUGACUUUCAAUGUGUUAUAUUUUAGUGUUGUUUAUUUUAAUGACAAGUGUUGAUUUUAUUAACUUAUUUGGGGAUAUACGCUCAAGAUAAAGACGUGCUUAAAAUUAAAUUGCGGCAAUGUAUUUGGUGAUUGCAUUUAGUAUUUUCUACAUGACGUCAUGUGUGAACUCCGCGUACACGGCGUACGAUGCCAUGAACCUGCAGAGUGCUCUUGCCAGCAACUAUUCCUCCAAAGUUCGGCCAUUGGAAUCUACAUCAGUUGAUGUCUCGUUUGGAAUGAUGCACAUCACAGAAUUGAAUAUUGUGAAUCAACAGUUACAUAUUGUCGGAUUCCUCAUGGUCAUGUGGACAGACAGCCGUCUUACAUGGACUCCAUCUGACUAUGGGAACAUGGAUAUAACAUACAUACAGCUUUCUGAUAUAUGGUCCCCGCCGUUAGUGCUGAAUAACGCUGCAGACAAAAUCCAGAUGAUAAACGACGACACCGAUUUGUCUAGUGUAAAUGUAUAUUUACACCAAACCGGGUUUGUUAUGUGGUUAGCGCCUGCCAAUUUCAUGGCACAGUGCACGAUCAACAUUAAGUAUUAUCCAUUCGAUUCACAGACCUGUUCCUUCGUGGUCUCUUCAUGGUUGUUCAUUGAAAGUCAUUUAAAUGUAGUUGGGUCAGCUUCAUCGAUAAAUAUGGACCUUUACGAAGAAAAUGGUGAAUGGGACCUCACAAAAUCUACAGUUGAAAAUGUAACAAGGACAUUGCAUGGUCAUCCACUUCCUGCUGUAAAGUUUACAACCUACCUUACCAGAAAAUACUCGUACUAUCUCAUGAAUAUGUUGUUGCCUGUGAUUGUACUGGCAAUUAUGGCUCCGUUUGUAUUCAUGUUGCCGGUAGAAAGCGGAGAAAAAAUUGGAUAUGCUUUGACGAUCCUACUGUCUCUGUCCGUCGUCAUGACACUGGUAUCUGAAAGUAUUCCCCCAACUUCAACUCAUAUAUGUGUUCUAAGUGUAUACCUGUUGCUGACAUACAUCAUCUGUUCCGUGGAGACCUUGUUGACAGUGGUGACAUGCAGGAUUCAGGACUUUCACAUGAAAGAGUACACAAUGGGUCCGAAACUACAGAACAUGACAAGGCUGCUGGCCAUAAUAACAAGAUCUAUUAACAUACUUAAGAACAAUAACACAACCGAAGUUACUCAAAAUAACAUAUCGCCGGAAAUAAGUGAACUCAAGCUGAAGGAGAAAGACCAUCUAGAAAAGGAGAUCAUGAAAACUAAAGCAUGGGUUAAAGAAGAACAUGGAGAAAAGGAGCAGUCAGAAGCAACAGAUUACAGCUUCGGAGACUUUGUCUUAGUUUUCGACAAAUUCAACUUUUUUCUAUUUGAAAUCAUCACAGUUAUUGUAACUGUAGUAAUUAUGGUAGUGCUGCGAGUCGGCGGAGCCUCGUAAUUUGUUACAUUGACAGAAAAUCGUUGACAUAAUUAAAUCUUUUGUAUUACAUUAAUUUCUUGCGUACGCAUGUACAGGUAUUUCAAAUAUCGUUAUCACCCUGGUGUUGUAUUCUUAUAGGAAUUUCUAUGAAAGGUUUGGUUCGAAAUAUAUAAUAGCAGGUUGAAAACUGGCCGUGUUUGGUGUGCCCUGUGCUUUUCCUUUUUAUAGUUCUAGGUUUUAUAAGAUAUACACGGUUUAUGAAUAGACCAUUUACCUGGCGCAGCAUAUUUUGUUGUUAAUUUCAAGUUUGGAUAAAUGGUUAUACCUUUAGAAAUUCAGGCAAAAGUUCUUAAAAUAUACAUGUCGUAUUGUUGAAGUCAUCAGUGAAAUAGGCCAGUAUUAAUUUUUUUAGAAGGUGUUUGGUACUUUCAUAUACAUAAUAUUACUGCUCCUCAAAUAAUGGAGCUAUAGAACGAAGGGUAUGAUUGAGGUAACAAUGAAAUUGUUUAUUAAGAUUUAAGUGUAUUCUCAAAACACUUAUUAAACAGCUUGGCGGUCAAUAGUUAAAAUGUAAGCCCUCAAUUCUUCGGAAGUAUAUAACUAAAGAAGUACUAAAUGGGUAAUCAAGCAGCACUUCUGUGCUAUUCCAAUAAUGGCACAGGGAAAAAAUCCUCAUUUUCUAAGUAAAAGUGGCAUUCAAAUGUUUUAUAAACGGCGGUUGGUGUUUUACUUGAUUACGGGGCUAUACUUGACAUUACAGUAGCAAUUUUAAGUAGUUAUUUUGCAUUUAUAGAAAUGUAAACAAGCCUAACUAUAUGUGUGUGUUCCUACCACUAUUUUAGCUAUAAGUUUUAACGGUAUUCAAUAGCUGACAUAUUAGACAAAACUCUCUCUUAUAGAUAUCAUUCUUGGUGUUUUCUUGUGAUUUAAAUGCCAUUUACGAAUGUAAGUUUAGUAAAUUAGAUUUUUAAAUGGGAUAGCUAUGUGUGACAGGUUUAAGUUGUUUAUUUACUGAAAU